GUGUUCCCGAAGGCAGGUCGCACUCAACUGGCCAUCCAGUUAGGCGAAGUCGCUUUUCACGCAGCCUAAUCGGAAUGUCUUGAAAGUCAGUAUAUCCCAGGUUAUCACUGAGGUAAACCGAGAGAUGCAAGCGACACAUCCUUCGAAGCAGAUUCCACUCAACGGUAUGCAUGAAGCUCUCCGAGUUGCUGAAGUCACUCGUGCGUUCCUCAACAUCUUGUUUGCCUUGAGCUAUCUCUGCAUCCCGGAAGUAGCGACGUUCGGUAACCGAACGCAGACUCGGAGUGGGGAUAUGACGGACCUUGGCCGCAGAUUGGAAUGGUGAGGAGUGGUUACUGGUAGGCCGUCUGGUAGCCUUUCGACCGGAAGGUGUAUAAUCUUCGUCUUUUCCUUCGUCUUCCGUCUCGUCAUCGUCCACGAGCUCAGGAUCCUCUGAAGACCCUCCAUCCGUUGUAGCGACUGGUGGUUGUAGCACAGAAGGAACAAAAUCC